UGGCCACGGAAGUUUCUCCAACAACAAGGCUCUGAACGACGUCGUUGGCCAUUUAACUCAUUCCUCAAUUCUCGUGCCGUACCACGGAUGGAGAAUUAGCCACCGCACACAUCACGCCAACCACGGCCACGUUGAAAAUGACGAAUCCUGGCACCCAAUCACGAAGGACAAGUACGACCAGAUGGAGUUCUGGUCCAAGGUUGGCCGACUCAAGUUCCCGUGGCCUCUCUUCGCCUACCCGUUUUACUUGUGGAAGCGAAGCCCUGGCAAGGACGGUUCGCAUUUCGACCCGAACUGCGACCUUUUCACUCCCAAUGAGAAAGACGACGUCACGACCUCUGCGACUUGCUGGUGGACCAUGAUGGGAAUUCUGGCCGCUCUCACGGUCUUCAUGGGACCCGUUUCGAUUUUCAAGCUCUACGUCGUACCUUACUGGAUCAAUGUUGUAUGGCUUGAUGUUGUUACCUACCUGCACCACCACGGUUAUGACAAGAAGGUUCCGUGGUACAGAGGCGAGGAGUGGAACUACAUGAGGGGUGGGCUGUCGACCAUUGACAGGGACUAUGGUAUCUUCAAUAAGAUUCAUCACGACAUUGGAACGCACGUGGUUCAUCAUCUGUUCCCUCAAAUUCCCCACUACAACCUUACUGAAGCG